CCUCUUCCCCGCUCCAGGAGAGACAAGCAGAACCCAACAAACCCGACACCGAGGCUGUGCGCGUGAUUUCUCUCUGAUUCACAACACAAGGUUCUACACCCGGAGAAGAAACUACUUUAAGGAUUUUUUUUUGUUUGUUUGUUUUGUUGGAAGAAGGUUUAAGAAGGCAAGAAAAAGAAAGCAGCUUCCAGCAUCCUCCCCUCACCUCUCCCACCCUGAACCUCGGCGAUUAUUCACCUACAGCUCCUUCUUCUUCUUCUUCUUCUUUUGAAUCGUUCUCCUCUUUUUUCUUGUUGGAGUUUCACUCCUUUGUUUUUCUGAGCUGUUGGAAAGUGGAGCUCCACAGCCCCGGGGAGCUGGCUGGACUGUGCGCUUUCCCCGACGCGGGCGGAUCGUCUUGUGCGACUCAAAAGGACUGGAAAUUAUUAAAGCCUGCCGGAUCGUCGUGCCGCAUGGUGGGAAUUUCAUCCUCCUUUCAGUAUCGCACUGGGAAGCGCUCAACCAUGCCCGACUCACCUGCGGAUGUCAAGUCACAGUCCAGGUUGACGCCCCCUACCAUGCCGCCCCCACCCAGUACGCAAGGGCCACCUCGUAACAGCUCCUACACCCCCACCACAUUAACCAACGGCAGCAGCCACUCCCCAACAGCACUCAACGGAGCCCCAUCUCCUCCUAAUGGCUACAGCAACGGCCCCAGUUCGUCUUCAUCCUCUUCUCUGGCCAACCAGCAGCUUCCGCCGGCCUGCGGCGCCCGACAGCUCAGCAAGCUCAAGCGUUUCCUCACAACCUUACAACAGUUUGGAAACGACAUCUCACCUGAAAUCGGCGAACGGGUUCGCACGUUAGUGCUGGGGCUUGUGAAUUCCACGCUAACCAUCGAGGAAUUUCACUCCAAGCUCCAAGAAGCCACCAACUUCCCUCUGCGACCUUUCGUCGUUCCCUUUUUGAAGGCCAACCUGCCGCUCCUUCAGMGGGAGCUGCUGCACUGUGCCAGACUAGCCAAGCAGAACCCUGCUCAGUACCUGGCCCAACACGAGCAACUACUUCUGGACACCAGCACCACGUCCCCGGUGGACUCCUCAGAACUCCUGCUGGACGUCAACGAGAACGGCAAGAGAAGAACGCCGGACAGAACCAAAGAGAACGGCUUUGAGCGAGAAGGCCCGAUGCACCCGGAGGUCCACCCCAGCAAACGGCCAUGCACCAUUAGCCCCGCCCAGCGUUUCAGUCCGUCCAACGGGCUCUCCUACCAACCCAACGGCUUGCCCCAUCCGGGUCCGCUCCCCCCGCAGCACUACAGGCUGGACGACAUGGCCAUCGCCCAUCAUUACCGCGACACGUACAGACACCCCGCCUCCAAUCAUCGAGAGAUCCGCGAGCGAGCCAGGCCCAUCGGAAUGCAUGCAGGGACGAGGCAGGAGGAGGUGAUAGACCACCGGCUGACUGACAGAGAGUGGGCUGAGGAGUGGAAGCACCUUGACCAUGUAAGAAAACUGCUGAACUGUAUAAUGGACAUGGUGGAGAAAACCAGGCGCUCGCUGACGGUGCUGCGGAGGUGCCAGGAGGCCGACCGUGAGGAACUCAACUACUGGAUCAGACGAUACAGCGACGCCGAGGAGCUGAAGAAGGGGGCUGCUAGUGGGCAGUCCAGGCAGCAAAGCCCUGCGGCUCAGGAAAACGCCACAACAGAAAUUCACAGAGAGCUGCUGCAUCGACCUGUCUCCGGCUACGUCCCUGAAGAGAUCUGGAAGAAAGCUGAAGAGGCGGUGAACGAAGUGAAGCGGCAGGCCAUGUCCGAGCUACAGAAAGCUGUGUCCGAGGCUGAGCGGAAGGCUCAUGAGAUGAUCAGCAGUGAACGGGCCAAGAUGGAGCGCACGGUAGCUGAGGCCAAGCGUCAGGCAGCUGAAGAUGCACUGUCCAUCAUCAACCAACAGGAAGACUCCAGCGAGAGCUGCUGGAACUGCGGCCGUAAGGCGAGUGAGACGUGUAGUGGCUGCAACACGGCGCGCUACUGCGGCUCCUUCUGCCAACAUAAGGACUGGGAGAAGCACCACCACGUCUGCGGUCAGACCCUGCAGGCCCAGCAGCAGCAGCAGUCCGGCCAGCAGCAAGGAGGCGUUCCAGGGUCAGAGACUCCAGCUCCCAUCAGCUCCUCGGCCUGCACCCCGAGCAGUGGGACCGGGAGUCCUGCUGCGACCCCGCCCGCCGCUACGCCGAGGUCCUCAACGCCCAGCACCCCGUCCUCUUCUGCCCUCGACGGCACGCCACGCUAAGAGACUCCCACAAAGGCAAGAGCUUACCAGGCGUAACAACCAGCCCUCUGACCCACAAACAGCAUGACUGUUUACAUUUUGACUUUGCCUUGCAAAAUAUUCUGAGAUGGCACGGCUAGCAGGCAGAGACGGCAACGCUUCUAACGUGCGGAGCAGUCAGAGCAGGAUAACGAGGUCCAAAAUCAGGUCAUAUUGACUUGUCAUGACUUUAAAGAAACACAAAGAUAUUCUUUGUUGUUGUUGAAUGAAUGAAUGAAUGAAUUGAAAUAUUGACAUCCUUUUAUUGUUACACUUUCGCUCUUCUUGUUGUAUGUUUGUCUUGUACCUGUCGUUAGUAAUCUUGUCGUCAUUGCAGCUUGUUUUUUUUUUCUUCUGUAAAUAUGAAAAGACUGAUCUGAGAUAGCCCUGAACUCCAGGCGAGUAUGUUUGACCUCCCCUUUUUCAAUGGUUUGGUUUUUCAUCCUUAAAUUAAGUUUAUUUUGCCUUCUAUAACCGGGACAUAAGACAUUUUACAUUAUAGCAAACCAAGGUAACAUUAGCAGAACAAUGGAUGGAAUUAAUACUCAUCGUAAAAAAAAGAUUUGAUUUGAGGCUGAUGAAUAAACAAAUUUCCUGCCUUCUGAUAGGAGAGGGGAUGAGCUGAACCUCUGGCCCGCAGACCGCAAUGAAAUGGGCAGAUGUGCAGCAGAUUGCAAGUGGAGCCAGCUGUUCAACUGAUGUUAUUUCCCCCUCACUUGUCAUAAUAUGCAGGUCAGUGGGCUGUGAAAUACAAAUCCAACCCUCUGAAGGAAGUAAAAGAAGGACUUUUGGACAAGAUACAAAUAAAACUUUGCCCGCAGCACACGUGAAGGAUGUACUGAAAACAAUUUCCCCUCAUUCCUUCAAAGAAAAAGCUUGCAAACAAACAGGAAGUGAGGUCAUCAUCCUGCUUGCAAGACUGUCAAACCGCCGGGACGGCAGCCGCUGGGCAACUCAGAGCUGGAAACCUGCUGUGCGGAGAUUCACCCCAAAUACUACCCCUCUUUUUUUUUAUUCUUCUUAUUAUUUUUAUUCCUUUUCUGUARAUGUCAUGGUGAAGACUUCUGUCCUGUGGUGUCACUAAUGGUUAUUUAUUGAGUAUGUGUUGGACAGUCGUGACAAUGCAUUGUACCUAAACUCAGUCACAUUUCAAAGUCCUUCAAUACUCUCUUUUUACAAAAGAGAUACAAAACAGAGGUGUUCUUUUCUUUUUCCAAGCUGCUUUUCUAUGCUGUGUGUAAGUGGUAAAUUCUUUGUAGUUCCAUGAGUUUUAUUCCCCCACCCCACCUAAAGAAAAGACACAAGCUAUAUCUCAGAGCUGCUACUUGAGUCUGACCCAGAUCUUUUCUGAGAACUAGCAUGUUGUGCGGAAUGCUAACCUAAAUGUUUUGUACAAGGGACGUACAUAUAUGUAUUUGCACUGUCACAGGAGUUAUUUUGGCAUGCUUCUUUUUCAGCAUACUCGUGUGUCACUAUAGAGCCAUAACUCAUCAACGUUUUUGGACGUAGUAUUAGGUUUAUUAUUUGGGGAGGGGGGAUGGGGGGGGGCAUAAACGCACCAAAUCCAUUUGUUUUUCUACUCCACAUGCGAAAAAAUAGCACCCAUAAUGUCCCGUUGUUUUUUGUUUGUUUGUUUGUUUUUGAAAAAGCUGAAGACAGUGCAUGCACAUUGCUGAACGUUUGUUAAAUAUUUGUUUUAUUUUUAAGAAAAAUGUCAAAACAACCAAAAAAAAUAUACAAAAUACAAAAAAAAAAAGUUUUAACAAACUGAUUUUCCAAAUGCAGAGGUGUAGACUCCGAUUGACAGCUUUAACACUGCAUAGCACCAGGUAACACACAUACAUACAUACACACACACACACACACACACAAACGCACACAGUAUUAAUACACAAGUUAGACACGAAAACAUCAAAAACAGCCAAAGACUGAUACCAAGGACCAAAAUCCUGAUUUAAACACUUUUUAAAAAUGAGGUUUGUCCACUUCGWUUUUUAUCCACUUCUUUUUGCAGGUUUGGUUUACAUUGUCAAGACCAAAACUAAGUUCAGUGUCACAGUUUUUUUAACUCUUCAUAAAUAUUAAGCAGAUAAUUUAGAUGUUUUGAAGCAAAGUUCUGCCGAAAAGAUGUGAAGGAAUAUUAUCUUAUCUGCUCUAGAUAGCGUUACGAAUGACUUAGUAGCUUCAUUUUGACUAGAUUGACCAUUUAACAGACCAAAGUGAACUGCUGCCAUCUUAAAAGAACUCCAGUCUGAAAAUUUUGAUAGCAUUUCAUGCAAAUGCUGUUUCUCUAACUUUGGGCACCGUUGUAAUUCAGCAUUACACGCUUAAAGAGAAGUGCUAGAGCUAGAUGCUGCUGUUGUUUUAAAACAUUCCCCUUUGGUCCUGGCCUUCCUUACGUACCCCCAUUCAACACUGUCUGCUGCACUCUGCACCGACACAAACCCCACACUCAGAGGUCGGUUCUAUUCUGUCGGACUUUGGUUCUAUUUUUGCCGGAGUGAAUGCAGAGUUAAUCUACAAAGAUCACCAAUAGGAAAAUGAACAAGCACAUCUGUAUUUUCCAAAUAAUUCACCAAAUACAGACUACAUUUUGUCGAAAUUCUAACUAUACUAUAUGGGCAAUUUAUUUAUCAUUUAUGGCUAUGCAUGCACGCAGCGUAAGAAAAACAAGACAUGAUGAUUUUAUUCUGAAAUCAAAAGUUUCAAAAAGACAGCCGGUGAUGUCGUUUCGACUGUUGUUUCGAGUCUGUCAGUGGGUUUAUAGAGAACAGUGUUAUUUAGCUCUGAUUCCUUCUCCAGUAGAAUUAAUUGUUUUAAUCUGACUUCAGUAUUUACCACUGGCUUUAUUGAGUGAUCUGGGAUUUCCCUUCUCAAAGCACCUCUGGGCUUCGCAGCGAAGCAGAUCGGAUGCAGUGUAAAUUCGGCGUAGCUGUUAGCUUGCCAGUCUGAUCAAAAUUCAACCAUUUGUUUUAAAUUCAAGUUUUUAAAGAGCCAUCUACAACAGGUAGGAUAUCAACUGUUCACGAGCCUCCCACGGAACUCUGCUUCAAAAUAUCUAAAGUGUUACUUUAACACAUAGAUAAAGGGUGAAUUAAAUGUUAUGGCAUUCAUUGCAAUGAUACAUUUUACCUGCAGCAAUAAUAAUGAAUGUGACAUGACAACUUUUGUAACCAUUUUGAAUCUGAGGUGCAUAUCGAUCUUAUAUGUGAAUCUCUCAUUACACUAAUGUCAGAAUAAGUGUUCAUUCCAGCUUUAAGCCAUUGUGUUUUUAAAGUCUGGGCUUUCACACCAUUGUUUUUUUAUUUAUUUAUUUAUUUAUUGUUAUUAAUUUAGAGAAAAUGAUGCAUUUGUUGUACACCUUCAGUCAAUCAAACAAACCUCUCAUUUGCAGUAAAGGAUCACUUACCCCAACACACACAACGGUUCUUUAUCCCCAACACCUUGGUGCUACAUAGAAGCGUGUUAUUUAUAAAAAUAAAUGUAAAAAAAUAAAAUAUCCUGACCUCAAGGAACAAGCAGAGGCCCACAGAAGUUUGGGGCAGUUUGACUUCCUCACUUCCUCCCUCUUGUCUAAUUAAAACACACACCUGUAUUCUUGACUUUGAAGGGUUAAAUGAUCCAAAUAGGUGUCUGACACCCUCCUAGCAAACUUCUCAGAAGCUGUCAGAAGACAGCCAAGCUAUUUGAACACUAGUUUAUUUCAAAGUAUACAUGUUCCUUACUAUCAGGGCAAAAUCUGAGUUUGUAAAAAAAAGAACAAAACCAACAUUAUCAGUCAACAAUUCUUAGAAAUGUUCUAUUUUUUUCCCUACUCUUUCUGUGUUUUGCUACAAAUUCCUCGGUGGCAAACAAGUCUGACUCUACCUCCUACAGCACGAUAAGAGCAUCAGUUGUGGCGCUGAUACUGGUCACGUCGAAACCAAAUGGGCACAAGAGAACAGGAAAAUAUUAAAUAAAAACCAAAAGUCGAAGCUCAUACAGCUGCAAAACCAUACCACUACUUGGUAACAAUGCAGACCUCAUAAAGAAAUAAAACAUAAAUGAAAAGAAACAACAAAAAAAUAAUAAAAAAGAAAGAAAAUAAUGUACUUUUUGUUAUGUUCCUUUAUGCCUGUGGCAUUUUUUGAUCACAUCAAGAGUUUGAACUGUUUGAACAAACAUAAAAAAGAGCAAAUUUUCAAACAUUUUUAGUUCCUAUGUUGAUACAAGGUAAGAUCACAGUUUAAAAAGUUUCUCUUGUUUUUUUUUUUUCUCCCCUCUUUUCUCCUUUUUCCUCUCCGUUGUGAAGAUGCGCGGAAGUGCUUGUUGACUUGUCAGCCGGGGCAAAUCUUGUACAAAUUAUUAUUUUUUUUAAAGGCAAUGAAUUUAAGCCUGCCUGUUUACCAAACAGGGAACACUAUUUAAAUUUCCUAAAUCUUAGGAAACUUGGGGUUAAAAUGUAGGAGCUAACCAUGAACAGCGUAUUUGGUCGGAGGGAAUGAGUUGAACUUAAGGGUGGGAGGGUUUUUUCUGUUCUCUUGAGAAAAUGUAAUGUAAAAAAAAAAAGGAGCUCAAAUAAUUUGAAGUUGUUGUGCAAUACUUUAUUGAGAAAUGAAAAACCACAGGUUAGUGGUAGGCUGACGCUGAGUGGUCUUUUACAUCACUUAGAGUCAGUGUCCUCUAGAGAGCUUUCCAGUCUACUAUGUCAGAACUGUGGUUUCUUGUUGAAUUUAUUUCCUUUUGUUUAUAAUUUUGAUUCUUAUUUUGGGCUGUAAACUAUGGUCUGUCAGUCUGUGAAACUUUGCAGUAUAAUUCUGGUAUUGUUGUUCUCUUUACAGUGUAAUAAAUAUGUUAAUUCUU